GCGUUUAGGGAGUUGACGCCGAGCCGCGGCCGAGGUCCGAUUAGCCCGUCCGGCGGCACUCGGGCACUUUCGGACAGGAGGAGGCGGAGAGCCGAGGCUCGGGAGGAUCCGGGCUCGGGGGCGUUCGGCUCUGCUCGGCUCAGCCUCGGGCCGACUCGGCUUCCGCUCGCGGCGGGGGCGGGCGGAGCCUGCGGCGCAAGGUUCUCCUGGCCGGGCGGCGCUGCGUCGGAGGCGGGCGAGAGGCGGCCCCGCAGUCGGCGCCCCUGUGGGCCGGGGACGACAGCCGGCGCGGCCUCCUAGGUGCUGAGGAGGGCUAACGCAGAGCCGCUCGGAAACCCUCGUGCGGCCUCGGACCAAUUCGGACCGACUCGGCUCCGCGCUUCGGGCCGCUUCGGCCCUCUUCGGUUCCUGGUCACUUGGUCGUCGGCUCUGCUCGACUGGGCUGCUUCGUGCCGGUUCGGCCCCUGUUCGGGCGGCCUCGGCUCGGCUCGGCGGGCGGUUUCGGGCGGCCUCGGCCCGGCUUCGGGCAGGCUCGGCUCGGCUCGGGCGGCCGUCCUCGGGCAGCGCUCUUCGGGCUCGGUCCCGGCCUUCGGGCGGCCCCGGCCAGCGCCUUCGGGAAGGCUCGGCGGAGUCCGGAUGGAGGACUCGGACUCGGCCGCCAAGCAGCUGGGCCUGGCCGAAGCAGCGGCGGUGGCGGCCGCGGCCGCUGUGGCGGCGGCGGCCGCGGCCGCGGCGGGAGGCGAGCCGGAGGAGCCGGUGCUCAGCAGAGACGAGGACUCGGAAGAGGACGGGGACUCGGAGGCGGAGCGCGAGACGCGGCGGGUGACGGCCGUGGCGGUGAUGGCCGCCGAGCCCGGGCACAUGGACAUGGGCCCUGAGGCCCUGCCUGGCCCCGACGAGGCCGCCGCGGCCGCCGCCUUCGCAGAGGUGACCACUGUGACGGUGGCCAAUGUGGGUGCAUCUGCAGACAACGUCUUCACCACGUCGGUGGCGAACGCCGCCUCGCUCUCGGGACACGUUCUGUCUGGGAGGACAGCCCUUCAGAUUGGGGACAGCCUGAACACCGAGAAAGCCACGCUGAUUGUGGUGCACACGGACGGGAGCAUCGUGGAAACCGCUGGGCUGAAGGGGCCGGCUGCGCCUCUCACGCCAGGUCCCCAGUCUCCUCCGACUCCUCUGGCUCCUGGCCAAGAAAAGGGUGGCACCAAAUACAACUGGGACCCGUCAGUGUACGACAGCGAGCUGCCCGUGCGCUGCCGCAACAUCAGUGGCACCCUGUACAAGAGCAGGCUCGGCUCAGGGGGCCGGGGGCGCUGCAUCAAGCAGGGCGAGAACUGGUACAGCCCCACCGAGUUUGAAGCCGUGGCGGGGAGAGCCAGCAGCAAAGACUGGAAGAGGAGCAUCCGCUACGCGGGCCGGCCACUGCAGUGCCUCAUUCAGGACGGGAUCCUAAACCCUCACGCCGCCUCCUGCACCUGCGCCGCAUGCUGCGAUGACAUGACCCUGAGCGGUCCCGUCAGGCUCUUUGUCCCCUACAAAAGGCGCAAGAAGGAGAACGAGCUGCCCACAACUCCGGUUAAGAAGGAUUCGCCGAAGAACAUCACGCUGCUCCCCGCCACCGCCGCCACCACCUUCACCGUGACCCCCUCAGGACAGAUCACUACCUCCGGCGCCCUGACCUUUGACCGGACAUCCACCGUGGAGGCCACCGCCGUGAUCUCGGAGAGCCCGGCCCAGGGCGAUGUCUUCGCGGGAGCCACAGUCCAGGAAGCCGGCGUGCAGCCGCCGUGCAGAGUCGGCCACCCGGAGCCCCACUACCCCGGCUAUCAGGACAGCUGUCAGAUAGCACCCUUCCCAGAAGCAGCGCUGCCGACCGCUCAUCCCAAAAUAGUGUUGACAUCGCUGCCGGCCCUGGCGGUGCCCCCCUCCACCCCAACCAAAGCCGUUUCUCCCACCGUGGUCAAUGGGCUGGAAAUGUCAGAACAGCGGAGCUGGCUGUACCUGGAAGAGAUGGUCAAUUCCUUGCUCAAUACUGCACAGCAACUGAAGACGCUGUUUGAACAAGCCAAGCAGGCCAGCUCCUACCGGGAAGCCGCGGUGGCCCAGGCUCGAGUUCAGGCAGAUGCAGAGCGGAAAGAGCAGUCCUGUGUCAACUGCGGCCGCGAGGCCCUGAGCGAGUGCACCGGCUGUCACAAGGUCAACUACUGCUCCACCUUCUGCCAGCGCAAGGACUGGAAGGACCACCAGCACAUGUGCGGGCAGUCGGCGGCCGUCACCGUCCAGGCGGACGAAGUCCACGUCACUGAGAGCGUGAUGGAGAAAGUCACUGUGUGAGAGCUCGCCGGGUCCCGCUCCGUGGUGCCGCGAGCCUGUCGCAGGUCCAGGACCCCUUGAGGACUUUAGGGGACGUUGAGGAGAAGGUGAAGAAACUUGCUGGCCAAGUUAUUAACAGACUUUAAGUGACCUGUGCCCUGGAAAUGAACUCCUGCCGCCAGAAGCCCAAGGAGGGUUGGGGCCGUGGGGACGGGCGGCCCCGGG